UUCUCUCUCUUCGGGUGGUCAAAGAGAAGGGGGGCAUGGAUGGCAGCAGUAGAUUGAUAGCUUCGUGCGCCUGCUGUUGCAACGUGCGUGUGUUUCAGCGGGGGUUGUAAUUUUGUAAACGAAGCCGAGGACAAAAAAAAGGCCGGCGCGUCAUAUCCUUUUUUCCACCCUCUUUUUCAGAUUUCACAGCAGAAAGUUUCCGUCUUUCCGCUUCUCUCUCUCUCUCUCUCGCUCUCUCUCUCUCUCGGUGCCGCUCUCCUCGUUGUUCUCGAACCUCGGCAUCUUCCUUUCCUCCUUCCUUCCUCCUCCUGCUGAUCUCUCCUCGACCCCGUGAUCGGGACGAGAAACGACGGGCGUCCUCCGCGGGCGGGACCCUCUUGGAAUUUGGAUUGGAUUCUUGGGUGCUUGUGUGUGUUUGGGGGGGUUGCUGUGGUGAGGUGAUUGGUUGAGCUCGAAUGAAUCUGUGAGCUUCGUGGCGCGGUAAAAGGCAAGUGGGUCUUUCUUGAUCGCGAGUUUUAGGAGAUGGGUUGCUUUCCUUGUUUUGAUUCGAGGGAGGAAGAGACGCUCAACCCGGGCAAGGGGAGCGACGACCCGAAACACGGCGUCCCGAAUGUUUCCUCCAAGAUUUCCAGCUUGCCGUCCGGUCAGUUUCGUUUAGUUUUGCAUCACUGAUGAAUUCUUGCCCUUCUUGGUAUUUCGCUUCUCGAUCCGAUCUUUGGUAGGGGUAGAAAGACUGAGGUCUAGGAGCAAUUUGGGGUUGAGAAGGGAUCUAAUUGGCCCUAAGGAUGUACCGGGUGUACAUAUUGCUGCUCAAACCUUCACCUUCCGUGAACUUGCCGCUGCUACCAAGAACUUUAAGCCGGAAUGUUUCUUGGGGGAAGGAGGAUUUGGGGGUGUAUACAAAGGGAAACUCGAGACCACUGGACAGGUUGUUGCAGUUAAACAACUGGAUAGGAAUGGUCUCCAGGGUAACCGUGAAUUUCUGGUGGAGGUUCUGAUGCUGAGCCUUCUGCAUCACCCUAAUCUCAUGAAUCUGAUUGGUUACUGUGCUGAUGGCGAUCAACGGCUUCUUGUCUAUGAAUUCAUGGCCUUUGGAUCAUUGGAAGAUCAUCUUUUUGAUCUUCCACUGGGUAAGGAACCGCUAGAUUGGAACACCAGAAUGACGAUAGCAGCUGGUGCAGCCAAAGGUUUAGAGUACCUCCAUGACAAAGCAAAUCCCCCAGUUAUUUAUAGAGAUUUCAAGUCGUCCAAUAUAUUACUGGAUGAAAAGUUCCAUCCCAAGCUCUCUGAUUUUGGUCUCGCGAAGCUUGGUCCUGUUGGAGACAAAUCACACGUUUCCACAAGGGUCAUGGGCACUUAUGGAUAUUGUGCUCCGGAGUAUGCAAUGACGGGACAAUUAACUGUUAAAUCUGACGUUUAUAGUUUUGGGGUAGUCUUCUUAGAGCUGAUCACGGGACGAAAAGCCAUCGACAGCUCCCGUCCGCAUGGGGAACAGAACCUUGUGACAUGGGCACGUCCACUAUUCAAUGAGAGGCGAAAAUUCUCGAAAUUGGUGGAUCCAAGUCUGCAAGGGCGUUAUCCAAUGCGAGGUCUAUAUCAGGCACUUGCUGUGGCAUCCAUGUGUAUACAAGAGCAGGCGGCUGCACGUCCUCUCAUCGGGGACGUGGUGACGGCUCUUUCUUACCUAGCGAACCAGGCGUAUGAUCCCAACGUAGCUUCUAAUUUUGGGAACAAAGGAUCCAGCGUUGAUGAGAGAGGCAGCAAGAUUUUGAGGAAUGAGGAUGCCGGAGGUUCCGGGCGCAGCAGGUGGGAAUUCGAGGGGUCCGAGAAGGACAAUUCUCCAAAGGACGGUAAGUUGUUAAAUAGGGACUUGAAUAGAGAAAGGGCUGUUGCGGAGGCGAAGAUGUGGGGAGAGAAUUGGCGAGAGAAAAGACGGCAGAGUGCUCAAGGCAGUUUCGAUGGAUCUAAUGGCCGGUUGUGUUGAUCGACAAUUUCUCGCUUCGUUUCCUCCUUGAGCCUCCCCUUGGCUUGCUUUCUGUGAACUUAUACAAAGCAAACGCAGGGCAUUCACGUCGUGUUGUGCAUAUUCCAUUUUCGAAGGGAAAUGAGCGGAGAGACUGGUUGAAUUAGGUGGACUUGGUCCCUGCUACUCUAACUCGGCUCUUUUUCGGGUCUAAUCUCUCCAUUCUCUGUUUAUACUUUCUUGAAAUUUGGAUGAAGAGGGAGUUGGAUGUACAUCAUUGGUAGAACAGCAUUAUAGAUAAGAGAAUCCAAAGGAAGAGGGAGAUUGUCUGUCUUGUAAUGCUUGUGCUGAAUCUUGUAAGUCUAUUCUGAGCAGGAUUUGGCUGCAUAUUCUAACUCUAGUUUUAACUUUUAAGCAGCA